AUGAUCAGCAAAAUACUCCCAUUGACUAGACUUUCUUGUUUGAACAAUUGUAGAGGAUUUACUAGAUUCUAUGCUACCGUAAAAUCAAAUUCAGUGGCCGGCCAGCAACGGAAAAAAGUCUUGACAUUUCAGACCACCAAGAUUGGGGAAAACGAAGGCAUUCCUUCAUACAAUGGCUCCCAUGAAAGCAUUAUACACCCUGCAUUUGUCACCUCUUCGGAUUUAAAAACAUAUAUGGGUAGACCAGUGAAACCAGUUGUAAGUGUCACUAAAUGUGAAACAUACAAUCUGGAGAGCGCUAGAAAGAAUUUAUCUCUAAAGGGGUUGGCACCUAUCCAAAUUGUGCCUGGUGAAUGCGUUAAUUUUAAAUGGAAUCAAAACGAUGUAUUUCUCUUUAAGUUUGGUACGAUAGUCGCUUGGAAUGUCGAAGAAAGUGAAGUAGUUGAUAAGAUUGUCCCCAUUUUCACCGAUGCCGAAAUCAAUAGCUACAGCUAUCAGUCGGAAGAUUUGGACUAUAUUGAACUUUACCAUAACGAGGAUGAGCAAAGAAAAGAUUCUUUUGUUUCAAAAGAAACUGAAAUUAUUGUUCUUAAUGUACCAAACAAUGAUCAGAAAUUACUCGACAUGCUGUCAUUCUCGUAUGGUAUUUCGAGGUCUACCAGAUUGGCAAUUCUUGAGGAGGCUGUUGAAUCUCAUAUUGCCAUGACUAGGUCACAAAUUGACAAGCUCUCUCAAGGUGAGAAAAUCGCAGUUGAUCCAAAAGAAGCCUUAAAGAUUUCAGGUCGGUUGCUUCUCUUACGGGGUAAGUUGAACUUGUAUACGGAAUUAGUGGAAACACCUGAUAUUUAUUGGAGCGAGUCGAGAUUAGAGAGAAUCCAUGAUAAAGUUUCCAAUGCUCUGGACAUCAGUAAGAGGGUCAAUAUUUUGAAUAGAAAGCUAGACUAUUUGUCUGAAGAAGCACAAGCCCUCGUGAGUAUCAUGUCGACGAGAACAGAGGUAAGACUCGAACUCAUCAUAAUAUACUUGAUUGUCAUUGAAGUAUGCUACGAAACAUACCAUUUUUACGAACGUCUAGGCGGGAAAUAUAACAUUGAAUACUUUCGGAGUAUCAUUGACGAGUACCGUAAAUAG